AUGGCUGACCGAGUGCUUGUGAUUGGCAGUGGAGGCAGAGAGCAUGCUCUAGCUUGGAAAUUGGCACAGUCUCCACAUGUGAAACAGAUACUGGUUGCUCCAGGAAAUGCAGGAACAGCUGAUAAUGGCAAAAUCUCUAAUUCAGCUGUUUUAAUUAGCAACCAUACUAUCCUUGCCCAAUUCUGCAAAGAUCAUAACAUUGGAUUUGUGAUUGCUGGACCAGAAGCUCUUCUUGCCGCAGGCGUUGUUGAUGACUUGGUAGCUGCUGGAGUUAGAUGUUUUGGCCCUACAGCCAAGGCAGCACAGCUGGGAACAAGCCGAAGGUUUGCUAAGGUCUUUCUUGACCAACAUGGAAUUCCAACAGCAAGGUGGGAUGAAUUCUCAAAUCCUCAAGAAGCUUGUGCCUUUAUUAACAGUGCAGAUUUUCCUGCAUUGGUGGUAAAGCCUAGUGGCUGUGGUCCUAGAAAAGAAUUAAUUCUUGCAUACAACAGAGAGGAAGCCUGCACGGCAACGCAAGAAAUUUUACAGAGCAACAUUUCUGGAGAUACCCGAGACACAGUUAUCAUUGAAGAACUUCUUAAAGGGGAAGAGUUUUCUUGUGUAUGCUUUGUGGAUGGAGUCACAUUUGCUGUCAUGCCACCAGUCCAGGUCCAGAAGCGACUAGUGGAUGAAGACCAGGGUCCAAGCACUGAUGGAAUGGGAGCUUAUGGUCCUGUACCUCAGAUUUCUGAAGUUCUUCUAGAAAAAAUUAAAGGCACCCUUCUUCAACACAUUCUCAACAGCAUGAAGCAAGAAGGCAUAUCAUAUGUAGGUGUGCUACAAAUAGAAUUAAUGCUUACCAAAGAUGGUGUGAAAGUCUUAAGCUUUGAUUGCUGUUUUGGUGACCUUCAAUGUCAGGUAGUUUUUCGGCUUCUUAAAAAUGAUCUUUAUGAAGUGAUCCAAGCUGCUAUUGAUGGUAGGCUCUGCAAUUCCAUGUUGGCUUGGUCAGAGAAUUGUGCUGCUGUGUCAGUUGUCAUGGCAAGUGAAGGUUAUCCAAACUGCUAUAAUAAGGGCAAGGAGAUCACAGGGCUUCUUCAGGCAAAGGAGCUAAGCCUGGAAGUCUUCCAUGGAGCUACCAUCAAAAAAGAUGACAAAGUGCUGGUUAAUGGUGGCAGAGUCCUUACAGUAACAGCCAUCAAGCAGGAUCUCAUGUCAGCACUUGAAGAUGCCUACAAAGGACUAGCAGCCAUUUAUUUCCAGGGUGCAACUUACAGAAAAGACGUUGGUUAUCGAGCUAUGAGGUUCCUUGGACAGUCUGUGAGCCCAUCAUAUGAAGUCAGAAUUGCAGAUCCUAUUGCUUGCAGUGUCUUGGUUUGCCCAUCUAAACUAGUAGCUGCAAGUGGUUCCAAAUUAGGCAGCCGUGGGCAUCAGGGGGGCAUUCCUGCCUUCUUUGACUUGAGAGCAUCUGGUUAUAAUGAACCUAUUCUAGUAUCCAAAACUAAAAGUAUUGGAACAAAAAUGAAGAUUGCCCAGCUGUGCAAUAAGCAUGACACAAUUGGUCAGGACUUGGUUGCCAUGUGUGUCAAUGACAUCCUGGUUCAGGGGGCUGAGCCCCUCUUCUUCCUUGACCAUUUUGUCUGUGGAAAAUUGGAUGUUGGAGUGGUUCAGGCAAUUACGGACGGGAUAGACGAAGCUUGUAAACUAGCAGGAUGUGCUCUCCUGGGAAGAGAGACCAGUGAAACGUCUGGCACAUUUUCACCUGGAGAGUACAAUCUUGUUGGCUUCGUGGUUGGUGCUGUGGAACAAGGAAUUAAGCUUCCCCAGCAGCAGAGAAUUGUCAGUGGGGAUAUUCUAAUUGGAAUAGCGUCUUCUGGCCUUCACAAUCAGGGAUUUAGCCUUGUGAGGAAGAUUCUUUUAACAUCAUCCCUUCACUAUUUCUCAUCUGUUCCUGGUAAAUGUAGUCCCCAGACUUUAGGAGACCAGUUGCUAACCCCAUCCAAAAUCUAUAGCAAAACCCUGAUGCCUGUACUCCGUUCAAGAAAUGUAAAAGCCUACAUCCAUGUCACAGAAGGGGGAUUGCUGGGAAGUUUUUCUCCAGUCCUUCCUGAACAAUUUAGUGUAGUUUUGGAUGCACAUAACUGGAAGAUUCCACCAAUAUUUUCUUGGCUCCAAGAAGAGGGAGGCCUUUCAGAAGAGGAGAUGACUCAAACGUUCAACUGUGGGAUUGGUGCUAUGCUGGUAGUACAAAAGGAGGUUGCUGGACAGAUUUUGAAAGAUCUCCAGAAAUACGAGGAUGCAUGGUUGAUUGGGAAAGUCAUCUACCAUCUUGCAGGUUAUCCUCAUGUAGAGAUCAAGAAUCUUCUUGAAGUGUUGCUGCAAAACAAAUAUCCAUUUCUGAAUAUUCUUUCCAAUGUAGACAGCCGGCCCCAGACCAUAUGCAGAAAAAACAAAGUGAAAGUAGCUGUUCUUAUCUCGGGAAUGGGUACAAGCCUAACAGCACUUCUUGCGUAUGCAAAAGAGCCAGCAAGCUGUGCACAAGUCGUCCUUGUUAUCGCCAAUAGGUCUGGGGUGGAAGAACUGAAGAAUGCAACCCUGGCUGGCAUCCCUACCAGAGUAAUUGACCAUAAACUGUUUGGGAGCCGAUCAGAAUAUGAAGGCACAGUUGACAGAGUCCUUGAAGAAUUCUCGGUUGAACUGAUUUGUCUGGCAGGAUUUAUGAGAGUUUUGACCAGUAACUUCCUUAGAAAAUGGAAUGGGAAAAUUUUGAGCACUUAUCCAUCACUGUCACCGUUAACUAGAGGAGGAAAUGCCCACAAGCAGGCACACUCGUCUGCAGACAAAAUUGCUGGCUGUACAAUCCAUUUUGUACUUGAAGAUACCAGUCUUGAAGCAGUCAUUUUACAAGAGCCUGCCUCUGUGAAGGCAGAAGACACAGAAGAGACUUUGUCAGAAAAGGUCAAAGAAGCAGAGGGCCGAGUAUUUCCCAUUGCUCUGCAGCUGGUUGCCAGCGGAAUAGUGCAACUAGGAAAGGAUGGCAAAACCUACUGGAAACGAGAAAGUCAGGAGCUGCUCCAUCGAAAGGAAAGGCAGGACUGUCCCUCCUCUUAAACCCUCUGAACAAGCAGCUACAAUUCAGCAAGGAAUGGUGACAAUACCUAUAAUUAGGGCUGAAACUGAAUUCUGACCUUGAACUGUCAAUUUCCUCUUGUUCAAGUGCUCAUGCACAGCCUUAGCCAUUAAUUUCCUUUGCUAAAAUCAGAGCAUUAGGACCAAUGUUAGUUCUUCAAGUGUGGAAAGUAUGCUUUGUGGACACAAUAUGGCCUACAUAUUGGUAUUACAAAAGCUGUGUGGGUCUUGUGUCACCAGCCACAGCAAGAAGGAGCAAAUAAGGGGGAGCUGAGGUAGUAGCAGGGGUCUGUUGACUGCAGGGAAGAAGGAGAAACAUAAGCGAUUGCAUGCUGAGCUGAUAAAAUCAUUCCACAAUUUUAUUUGUUCUGCCCCUGGGCAAACCAUGCCAGGCUCAUGUAAUCUGGUACCCUUUGUGACCGCAGCCAGGGGACAGAACAUCACAGGGGAAGGGGACGGUGACAACAAAGCAGGCUGUGACGCCCUUCCCUGGCUCUCCCUGUCAGGUUCCUACCUGCUCGUGGCUACUGCCUUUCACUAGGCACCACCAGGGACUCCACCAGUCCGGACUGUCCUUUUUUAUGGUUUCUCUCUCCGCUCUAGCACAGAUCUCAAUAGAUCCCCCUGCUAGGCAGCACCACCAGUCACGUUCUACAACCAAUGUUCCCAGAGACCUUGCCUGAGUCUCUCCAUCCGGUUACAUUCGUGACUGUGUGCCUAUGCUGUUCCCAACCCCCUUGUAUCAAUGCAGAUAACUCAUAACUCGGGGUUGCUCUGGAUACUUAUAAUGUUAUCUUCUCCUCUUCACCGCUGCCACCAUUUCUUACUGUUUCCCUUCAGCCUUGGUUAUUACCUUACCCUCCCUUCUGGUCUGUGAAACCCCCAGCCAAGGAUCAGGCCUUCGGUAAACCAAAAUAGUAUUUAUUAAAUAACAUUAAUAACAAGAUAACUUUGAUAAUGAUCUACAAGCUUAUGGUUUCAUCUAUUACUGUGAUAUUUGACUUAUUACUAAUCCGAACUCCACCUCCCUCUUUCUCCACACUCUCCUGACAUAUACCAACUCACACCCACCUCCAAACUCCACCAAAACAACCCACUAACGUCCACCCAGAUUCAACUGCCAUCCUUCCAUUUAUACUCUCAGCCAUCCAAACACUCAGCCAAUCAUCCAGCAUUCUACUGCUCAUUUACUCCCCCCUCCUCUUUCAUUCCACUUACCAUGUAUCUUCUAUACAAACAGCACUUACCAUAUAUACAUUAAUACAGGAACAUCACACAGGCCACAAUACCAUAAUGUUGAAUGGGAUGUAGCAGGUUCUCACACUCUCUUUUUACGAAACUGCCUUCUUGUUCCCCCAGCGCUGGGCACCUGUGUAUGGACAGGAGCUGAUCCGUUCAGAGACAGAAGCUGCAUUACUGGCAAGUAACAGCAGGAUGUACAUGAGUGAACACAUGUAAAUAGAAGAGACUGAAGUCUGUCCAGUGUUUAUUGUUCAGUUCCCCAUUCCUCAUCCCUUUAGUGGCUGUGAAGAAGGGGUUAUGAUUAAGGAUCUAUGUGUCCUCCAUGCUGGAGGAAAAUCAGAUAUUAAAUAUUAAAUAUUAAAUUUAUUAAAUAUAAAAAGGGUGCUUUCUAAAAUAGCUUUGAGCCGUUGAGUAGUCAUUUUAAAAAUCUCUUUUCAAAACAGUUUCCUGCUACAAGUCUUAAAUACCGAAUUCCAGCUUCUCUUAUAUACAGUAGUACCCCACCAACAUCCAGCCCAUAAUUACCUGAAACUCCUUAUUAUCCAUAUUAAUAGAAGGGUGUCCUCAGCCUUUUGAUAAAUUUAUAUUGUAUCUAAAACAUACUAGUGUGUUUCUGGGCUGUGAUUACCAUCCGGCAGCAAUGACUGAUGUGUCCCAAUGGCCCUGUGUUAGGCAGAGGUCAAUGCCUUUCUGCAUUAGCAGAUCUGGUUUCACAGAAGGAUGUGCCAGGCAACUGAGCGCUCAUAUUUGAAUUCUAAGAUCUAUGAUAAACUUUUGUUAAGUGAACAGUGCAUCACAAGCUUUCAGGUGACAUUUAUUGGAUGCAAACUGGCUGAGCUGUUUCAUAGCCAUUUAAUGGAGAAAGGAGUUUGCUGUUUAUGAGGCAUUUUUGUCUUAAAGUAGGAUUGAGAUACUGCCACAUUAAAUGCAGUUUGCAACUUCAAAUGAAAAUGUAGUAUCUCAAUUCUAGAAUACACAUAUUCGUAAGAACUUGCACCCAAUGAACUUGGUGGAACUAACUUCUGAAUAAAAAUGCAUAGAAUUGCUCUGCGGAACUGAAGUUUUACAUUGGGCUAGGUUUUCUGACCAGAUGGUUAAAUUGGAGGUAGAAGUGAGUUAAAAUUAACGCCUAAGCUCAUUGCCUCUAUGUCUUAGGACUGACCCUAUAAACAAAGUUUUGGAGCUCACAUUGGAGGAGCUGGAUAGAGUUCAUACCCUCUGGCCAUAAGCAGUGAGCAAGGCAAUAUAGGUGAAU